GCUACAUAACAAACGUGUUGUUAUUCAGUUGUUAUGCACGCUGCCAUACUUGCUAGCGGAUUUCACGAUUGUAGCCGCGUUGUUUUUAGAUUAAUUUUAAAGCUUUCACUUGAAGAGUAUUUUAAGGGCGAUGGGUGUCCCUGCAUUUUUUCGUUGGUUGAGUCGGAAGUAUCCUUCUAUAAUUGUUCACUGUGUGGAAGAGAAGUCUAAGGAAUGUAAUGGCGUUCGAAUACCUGUUGACACUAGUAAGCCCAACCCGAAUGAGGUGGAGUUCGACAACCUUUAUUUGGAUAUGAAUGGAAUUAUCCACCCUUGCACGCAUCCCGAAGACAAGCCAGCACCCAAAAAUGAAGAUGAAAUGAUGGUUGCUAUUUUUGAGUAUAUUGACCGGCUCUUCAACAUCAUUCGUCCCAGGAGGGUUCUUUACAUGGCAAUCGAUGGGGUUGCUCCCCGUGCCAAAAUGAACCAGCAGAGAUCCAGAAGGUUCCGGGCCUCCAAAGAAGGCAUGGAACUCACUGAAGAAAAACAUCGGAUGAGGGAGGAGGUUUUGCAGAGGGGUGGAUACCUGCCACCUGAAGAAAUAAAAGAGCGUUUUGACAGCAAUUGCAUCACUCCUGGCACAGAAUUCAUGGACAACUUGGCCAAAUGCUUGCGAUACUACAUUGCUGACAGACUGACCAAUGAUCCUGGGUGGCGUACUCUCUCAGUCUUUCUGUCUGAUGCCAGUGUUCCUGGAGAAGGAGAGCAUAAGAUCAUGGAUUUUAUCAGGAGACAGAGAGCUCAGCCAAAUCAUGACCCAAACACUCAUCACUGCCUCUGUGGUGCAGAUGCUGAUCUGAUCAUGUUGGGCCUGGCCACACACGAGCCCAACUUCACUAUCAUCCGGGAGGAGUUCAAACCCAACAAGCCCAAACCGUGUGCCCUGUGUGGGCAGAUGGGCCAUGAGAUUAAAGACUGCCAGGGAGUGGCCCGGGAGAAGAGAGGCGAGCAUGAUGAAUUUGCAGACACAGUCCCAGUCUCCGAGCAGGAGUUUAUAUUCAUCCGGUUGUGUGUUCUGCGAGAGUAUCUGCAGCGGGAGCUGACCAUGGCCAGCCUGCCCUUUCCCUUCAACUUUGAGCGGAGCGUAGAUGACUGGGUCUUCAUGUGCUUCUUUGUGGGAAACGACUUCCUGCCCCAUUUGCCAUCUUUGGAGAUCAGAGAGGGUGCCAUAGAUCGGCUUGUGAGCAUUUACAAAGAUGUCGUGCACAGGACUGGGGGUUACCUCACAGAGAAUGGCUUCGUCAACCUGGAACGAGUGGAGCUCAUAAUGCAGGCCGUGGGGGUUGCUGAGGACAACAUCUUCAAGAAGCGCAAAGAGGACGAGGAAAAUUUCAAAAGGAGAAUGAAGGAGAAGAAGAAACGCCUGAAAACAGAACAGGCCCCGGCAUUUCUUCCUGGCGGUCAGUUUGCUCCCCAGGCACUGGGAGGGCGCGACAGACCCAUGGCUGUGCAGAAUGCACGCCAAACGGCCUUCGACAUGAGGAUGCAGGGGAGUCGCUACCAGCAGAACAAGAAUGCUGCUGAGUCCUUGAAAGCCAUGUUGAGGAAUGGAAGUAAGGAUGGUGCAGGGUGCAGUGACGGUGUGGACAGGCUCGGCGUUAAGAGGAAAGCCGAAGAUAGCGACAGCGAGCCGGAGCCUGAAGAUAACGUCAGGUUAUGGGAGGAGGGCUGGAAACAGCGCUACUACAAAACCAAGUUUGAUGUGGACGAAACAGAUGACGACUUUCGCAAAAAAGUGGUCAAGUCUUAUGUGGAAGGCCUGUGCUGGGUUCUGAGGUACUACUAUCAGGGCUGUGCAUCCUGGAAGUGGUAUUUUCCAUUCCACUAUGCACCGUUCGCAUCCGACUUUAAAGACAUCAAGGACAUGUUCAUGGAGUUUGAAAAGGGGACCAAGCCGUUCAGUCCCCUAGAGCAGCUCAUGGGGGUGUUUCCUGCUGCAAGUGGGAACUUCCUGCCUCCAACAUGGAGGGCCCUGAUGACUGACCCGGACUCCUCGAUCAUUGACUUCUACCCUGAUGACUUUGCAAUUGAUUUAAAUGGGAAGAAAUAUGCCUGGCAGGGCGUUGCCUUGUUGCCAUUUGUGGACGAGCGGAGGCUGAGGGCCUCCUUGGAGAAGGUGUACCCUGAUUUGACAUCAGAGGAGGUGCGGAGGAAUAGCCUGGGCAGUGAUGUGGUCUUUGUCUCCAAGUCCCACCCUCUCUGUGACUUCAUCCAGGAGCUCUAUCGCUCAGAAUCUCAUGAGGGGACCCAGAUCCCUCCUGAGCUAUGCCAUGGAACCCAAGGUAUAUUAUAUUUGGAUCAAGAGCCCAUUCUACCUGAUGAACCAGUAGAGUCUCCGGUCCCAAUGUUGAGAGACAUUCCAUCCAGCAGGGCAGUGGGAAUCAAAUUCAAAGAUCCACAGUAUGAGGAAGGACACGUGUUCAAGGCAGUCAUCCUGCCAGGCGCUAAGAUCCCCAGUAAGGUGUUGAAGCCAGGUGACUGGGAGAAGUCCUCCAGCGGCCCAUGGAGACCUCAGCUGGGCUUUAACCCCAACCGACAUCAGGUCCACCUGGACCAGUCUGCCUUCAGGGCGCUAGGCCAUCACGUGAACAGUCAUCAACAAGGAAGUGGUCAGCAUGCUCACGGCCCACCCCAUGCUGGCAGGCACGGGGGUGGUCAGUACAGCAGUGCCCCGCCUCCCAGCUCAUAUCACCAGGGAAACUACCGCCCACCCCUCAGAGACCAUCCUCCGCCCUUCCAGCAUUCCAGGCUGCAGGGAUUUCAGAGAGCCCCGCCCACACCGCAGCUUCAGCAGUACCUGAGGCCUCAGCAUGGGGCUCAAGGCUGGGAACGGGCAAUACAGGCUCAAGGCUCGGCCUACCAGCAAAACCUGCAGAGAGGGCGCGGAGGACCAGGCAACUACCAGCAGCACCCACCGCCCCGCAGAGAUGACCGCGGACCACACGAGGGCUAUAGUUCUGCAAGAAAUUAUGGUUUGCCUCCACCAGCCAGACGCUACAACUGGAGUUGAAUUUCCAGUCUUCUCUAAAGACAACCAUGGUGUCUCCUGUUGUAUUUCAAACCUUUGUUUUUGGUGGGGUUUUUGUGAAAU